UCUUCUUUUCUCUCUAGAUUUCCUUUAGUACUUUUCUGCAUAAUUAUCAGGUUAGGGUUUGUACCCUGACAUUAUGGUAUCAGAGAUCAUUGAUGGUCAAACAGAAAGGUGGUGGAGGGUCGUCACACACUGCCGACGAGCUAAGUCAUGUGGAAUUUGAGCUUCAAAUUCACAGAGAUGAAAUUAAAGCUUAGAUCGAUAUACUGCGAGACUCUUUCACAACUAUGCGUGCUGAAAUGAUGGAGGAGAUGCGUACAAUGCUUUUGGAAGCAAGCAAGAUUCAGGCAUCACAACCAUCACCGCACAUCAACUUUGGCUCACUACCUCGGUCUACAGGUAUUCCUACUACUGGCACCCCUAUUAGUACUACCAAGGUAGAGUCUGCACAUUCAACCAUGGCAACUAUGGCCUCAGCUCAAAUGAUUGUAAAGGGUAACUAUUCUAAACCUCAACAUCAACAGGGUUCUUCUUAAUUUAUCAACUAAUGAUGUGGUCUUAGGGUUUACUAGUGAAGUUUACUCUGAAAUGAUGCAAGUUUCUGGUGUUGAGCAAAUUACUACGUACUGCUAUGCCUGUUAGAUCUGCUUCUUUGGAUGGUUUGAAAAAUACACAGUUUGACACUAGCACAGCUCGUAAUACAUCAAAUGAAUGGCAAAAAUAGUUUGUCCAACAUACUAAUUUUGGGACUCAACCAUUCAAUUACCUUGCUGGUCCUUUUGCUGCUCCACCCUAUGGUGAUGGCCAACAUUUGUAUGGUUUUGCACCCACUUCUCGCUCGAGUGAUACUGAACCUUUCACUAUGAGUUACUCUGGCCCAUAUACAAAUACCCCCUUCAGUUUUACAUCACAGCUGCAACCUACUUUACCUUUUGCAGUCUCUGCUUACAUUAACUCUCAGGUCACAACACAAAUGGAAUUUGCCUUUCCAGUGCAUACCAAUUCCUUCAACCACCAUCCUUACAUGCAUGCUCCUAUGCCUACUAAGCAUGUGUUGCAAAAAAAAAAAAAAUUACCAACCUAAUACACCACCUCGGUAUUUCUAUGCUAACAUUCCCCCACCAUAUCAGUAUCCCACAAACCCAAAUUUAUCCACUAUGAGCCAGAUGAGGCUUGAGUUUAGUGGGGGCGACCCUGUGGAAUGGUUGAAUAAAGCAGAAUAGUUUAUCAAAUACUUGAAGAUAAAAAGCUGGCCAUUGCUACUAUGCACCUGAGUGACAAAGCCUUAGACAUAUGGUAUAUGUUCAAGCAUGAAUUUCCUCCUACAUUAUUAGGCUUAACUGAUCUGCUACUGAGGGAAAUAGUGGUUAUAAUGUGGUGGACUAUCAAGUUGCUUUGGCCAGAAUGAGCCGAACUAGGAAUGUAGAAUAGUAUAAAGAGCAAUUCACCGGCCAUAUUAUCAAGGAAGGCUCCAGGGUUCUCUCAACAAGUACUGCUCUCCUGCUUCCUAGGUGGUUUGAAGAGUGAAAUCAUAGUUGAUAUUUAGGCUCAAAAGCAAAAAACUCUCUAUGAAGCAUGUGAGUUAGCUAAUAUUUAUGAGGAAAGGGAAAGAAGAUGCAGAAACCAAAACAAAGCUUUGACAGUGGAAAGAAACCAAUAUGUGAGUAACACACUUGUUGUUGGCAAAGUAAAUCCUGCAGUUACUGCUGCAAACCAAGCAAUUAGAACUCAGCAGUUCAACACCAAAAUACCAUCAACACAGCCACCUAAUAACUCUUUGGGCAACAAAAAGCUCACUAAAGCUAGGUAUCAAGAAGGCCGAAAAUGAGGGCAAAAAAGACUUUUUUACUUCAUCAAACUCAAAAUAAAUAAAGUUAAAAUGGUAAAUAAAGACUGAAUAAAUUAUUAUAUUGAAAAUAAAAUUUGAAUAACAAAAUUGUAGGUGACAAUGCAACAUAAUAAAUAAAUAAAUAAAUAAAUAAACUGAGAAAAAAAGAAGAAGAGAAAAAGCAACAUAAUGCAAUCAAAAACCUUAAAUUAGCAUUGGGCAUGCUAAAUGGACUUUUAAACUACAAGAUCACAGGCUUUUAGCCUUUUACACAUCCGAAAAAAACACCCAUGGGUCUCCCAACGCCGUCGUUUCGUCUUACCGCCACCCCUUAUUCCUCUUCCCUCCCUGAAACGGUAACCUCAUUCUCUCUCUCUCUCUAUGGACUCCUACACUCCCCUACUGGAGAAAACCCGGGUUCCCCAACCUUCCCUCCAAAAAUACGCCGUGAUUUCAAUCUUCUCGAAGCUCCGAUCCGCCCCGAACUACCUAGACUCCGACUCCGAACCCGGAAGAGACGCCAUUUCCCAGUGCCUCCACUCCACUUCCCCCGCCGUCGUCGAUCAAUCGGUUCGCGAGCUCUGCGGCAUCGUCGCUGACGACGGCUCCAAAAUAGAUGUCCACCGCGGCUUGCUGGAGCUCCAGUCCGCGCUCGAAGGAUCCGAUUCGAAGUUCGUCGACCUGUUUGUGAAAGGUUUGGGGUUUUUGGUCCGGUUAGGGUUUCAGAAGAGCAAUGGCAAGUGGUCUUUCAGCAACACAGAGUCUCACCCCUUGAUUAAGGUUCUUUCGUGCCGGAGCGAUGUGGAGGCUGAACUUGUGCAGCAAGUUUUACUGUUUAUGGCACAGAAUAGGCGGUUGGGAAUGGUGGAAGUAUGUGAAUUCUUGAGACCGUUUAUAAACUAUUCGAUUUUGAGAAUACCGUUUUCGGACAAGUCAUUUUUGUUUGCGAGGCGCUUAGUAUCAUCAAUGGCGUCUCUUUGUUGCUCAAUUCCUCUUGAUGCAAUGCCUGUGCUUAAGUCGUUGACAGAAUGUCUUCAGUACGUUCCGCACAAGAGUUCAGAGGAUUUCCGGAAUUUCAUAUAUUUAGCAGAAUGUAUGGUGGAUGCAUAUACAGUGGUUUUGAGGCAUUUAGCUGGAACUAGAUUGCUGAUUGCUGAGGCUCAACUCUGUGGUUUGGAACUGUUUGAGAAAAUUAUAUCGAUUUGCACAACUGGUCAUAAGCACUCCGGUUCAAUUGAGCCUCUAGUUGAACUGUCCAAGAACUUAUUGUUGUCCCAGAAAGAUAAUGGGUUACCUUAUGCACCGAAGUUAUCAUCAGCUAUGCUUUCGUUAUUUAUUAUCCUUGUCCAAUCAGAGCUUGAGCAUGAACAACUUUCCACAUUGAAACUUCUGCACCUUCUCUUGAAGUGGAAGUAUGGAAACGAAAAUGGUGUAGACAGAACUGGAGGUGCUAUGAGCGAGGAGCUUUUGUUCAUAUUUCCUGUCGUUGGUCUACUGUCAUCUCCUUCUAAACAUGUCAAAGGAGCGGCAACAGAUCUGCUUGUCAUGCUAGAAAGACUUUUAGUAAGAGUUUUGGUAGCACCAAAGGAUAAACCAGCAAAAGAAGCAGGGCAUCCCUCUCUAAGCACACUUGGAUCUAUUGUGUUUAGAAUCUUACAGCAUCUCUGGUUUCAGGAUUCUUCUUCAUUGUCCAGUUUGUUUUUAAAUUUUUCUUCUAUCAGUAAAACUAAUGGCGAGGAGAUUUAUGAUGUACCAAGAUCGUGGGCUUCUCAUUUACAAGAGUAUACUCUAUCGAUUGUUGACAAACGAAAGUCCUCCCUACCUCUCUCGCAGACUCAAGAAAUAUACAUAACUGAGGUGCCCUCGUUACUCUCUGCCAUUGCUGGUCUUUUAGUGAUGAAUAAGGUACAGGGAGGCACUGCUCUAGAUUCUUUGGCUGCUAUUGCCACGAUGGAUCCUAAACUGGGAGCUCAAAUGUUGCUGGCUAUCCUAUUUUACAAUAACAUAUUCACUAGAAAAGAUAUAAGUCGCUUUACCAUGUUGCCAAAACUUUUGACAAUGCUUCCAGCACUUGCCUCACAGUCUGUGAUGAUUCCUCUUGUAGUUCAGACUAUCUUACCAAUGCUUCAUAAGGAUGCGAAACCAACUUUACAUGCGACAGCCAUUCGCUUGCUUUAUCAGACCUGGGAGACCAAUGACCGUGCCUUCGGGAGUUUGCAGGGAGUGUUGGUUCCAAAAAGGUUCACUGACUUAAAGGCUGAAAGAAAUAUAUGCAUCAGUAUGGCUGCAUCAGUUCGGGAUGUUUGCAGAAAAAAUCCUGAUAGGGGAGUGGACCUCAUCUUAUCUGUCUCGGCUUGCAUUGAGAACAAUGAUCCGAUUAUUCAAGCUGUUGGUUUUCAAAGUCUUGCCCACCUUUGUGAAGCUGACGUAAUUGAUUUUUACACAGCCUGGGAUGUCAUCAGGAAGCAUGUUCUGAACUACACUGUAGACCCAAAUCUUGCUCAGAGCCUUUGCCUUCUUCUGAGGUGGGGUGCAAUGGACGCUGAAGCACAUUCUGAAGCCUCAAAAAACAUCUUGCAGAUCUUAUGGAGUGUUAGCAUCUCUACUCAUCCUGGUCUGGAGACACAGUGGGCAAAGGCAAGGGCCUCUUCCUUUAAGGCCUUGGCUCAAUUUGAGGUAUCACAUAUUGAACAAAAAAUUCAAGAUUUCAAGAAUAGGAACCUGGAGUUGCUUUCUUGUGAAGCAAACAUUACUGUACUGAAUGCCAUGGAAGAACUUCUGGUCAAGAUAAUAACAUAUGAGCACCUCACAAGGCGAAGAUUGGUUAAGGAGAAAAGAGUUGGAAGUAAGAUCGAGAAGCUGCUGGAUGUGUUUCCCCAGGUGAUCUUUUCUUCAGGGAAACGAAGUGAUGCAAGGGAGUUACCUGGUGCAGCCUUGCUGUGUCUUUCCUUUACUCCUAAAGAUGUGAACACCCAAGGGCUAUCAAGGGGAUUCCGAGAUAUACAUGGUGGAUAUGAGAAUGCUCUGGUGGAACUAGCUUCCUCCCUUCAGCUCUCAAGAAAUAUUUUUGUUGCCCUUAUUUCACUGGAAUCAUGGAAAUCCUUCAUGCGGCGUUGGCUGAGGGCUGAUAUCUUGUCCUUUGAUGCUAAAGUGUCAUCUAUCGUCUUGGAUAAAACCACUAAAGCUGCUAGUGACAUUCUAAAGAGUAUGAUAAAAAUAGCAGAAGGGGCUCUUCCUAGAUCUGCUGAAAACAUCGCACUAGCUGUUGGUGCCCUUUGUGCGGUCUUGCCUCCGUCUGCCCAUACUGUUAAAGCAGCUGCUUCAAAAUUUCUAUUGAAUUGGUUGGUCCAGCCUGAGCAUGAACACCGCAAAUGGUCUGCUGCAAUUUCUCUUGGAUUAAUCUCAAGUCGCCUACAUGUUACUGAUCAUAAGCAGAAGUUUGAGAAUAUCGCGAGACUUGUUGAGGUGAUGCGUAGUAGCAAAAGCACCCUUGUGAAAGGAGCCUGUGGGGUUGGCUUGGGGUUUUCUUGCCAAGAUCUUCUUACCAGGGCUGAUGCCGCUGAUUAUUCCAGCACGGAGAAAGACUCAGACAAGAUGUCAGAAAGGGACUUGCUUGGUGUCAUAGUUAAGGCGUUAUUACGUAUGAUAAGUGAUAUCACUCAAGUGGCUCCUGAUAUUUUGGAAAGUUUCUCUGCUUAUUUCCCACCUAGCAGAGAUGAUAUAGGUACAAAUAUAAUUUCUGAGUUGUCAAAUGAGAACUGUGAUAACUCUCUAGAAGAUAGCUGGGGUAUUGCUGGACUUGUUCUUGGUUUGGCUAGUUCUGUUGGUGCAAUGUACAGAGCUGGGGCGCAUGAUGCUAUUUUCAAGUUGAAAGAUGUAAUGGUGUCAUGGGUUCCACAUAUGAAUAGACUGGUUCAAGGUUCUGGUUCUUACUCUGGGGGUUCUGAGAUAGUUUUGUCAGUAGGAUCUUGUCUUGCAGUUCCCAUUUUAGCAGCAUUCUGCCAAAGAGUAGAAUUGAUGGAUGAGACUGAAGUAAACCAUUUAGUCAAUGGUUACAGGGAGCUCAUUUCUGACUUACUGUCUGUCAAAAAAUCUGGCACUUUCUAUCACAGCUUAUUGAUGGCAUCAUGCAUAGGGGCAGGCAGUCUUCUAGCCUGCAUACUGAAUGAAGGGGUGCAUGCUAUUGAAGUUGAGCGUGUAAAGGAUCUACUAGAAUUGUUCAAAAAAUGCUAUUCUAGUCCUUACCCUCCUUUAGUCCAUUUUGGAGGGAUGCUUGGAGUUGUUAACGCUAUGGGAGCAGGUGCUGGGAUCCUGCUUGACAGGCCUCCGCUAACCUCAGUGCAGGCACCUUUUGAACAGAAGGAAUCUGGCUAUGUCAUGGGUCCUCUACUCUCAAAUCCUGCUUGUGAGCGGCAUUUGACAUCGUUGAUGCAGGAUAUAUUUCUUGUUGCACAGAAAUCUGAUGAUCAUCAAUUGCAACAGUAUGCUUCAUGGGCGGCUUCAUUUCUUCGAAAUCAUUUGUUGUCCAAGGAUGUUGUCAAUGUUGACAGUAGUCUUAAUACUGAUUCAGGUGGUUCAAAAUCUGUUUCCCAAAGUUUUGCAGAUGACAGUUUAGUUAUGAAGCUUUCUUCAUGGCUAAUGCAUCUCAACUUUACUAGGACAGGUAAUGUCGCUCAUGUUGGCACAGUAAUAACUGUAGUAAGGUGUCUUUCACAAGCUCCUAGAUUGCCAAUGUUGGACUGGGGAUCAAUCAUUAGACGUGGCAUGAGAUAUGAGGCACAGGUUGUGGAGAUGUUACCAACAGAAUCAUCAUUCCAAAAAGGAAUUCUUAGGGAGGAGUGUCUAAAGUUCUCAUUAGCUCAUGCAAAUAAAUUUGACCAACUCCUAAGUUUCCUAGAUGAGCUAUCUGACUUGUCCAGAUUCAGUACACUAGAGUGGAAUCUGCAAUCUUGUGUUCUUAACCAUCUUGCGGACCUCAUAAAAGUAUUCUCCGGUUCCAGGCUUGAAAAACUAUUUGAUGAUCUCUGCAACUACUUUACUUCACGUCAAUCAUAUGACACUGAUGAGACAAGUUUGUUAAGGAUUUCAUGCUGGAAGGGUCUGCACAAGUGUUUAGACGAGGCUUCUCUUGAUUCUCUCAAGUACAUAUCCAACAUAGAAAAAUGCAUGGAGGUGCUGUUUUCCUUGUUACCUGCAGGGCAAUUGGCUGCUGUGGUAGGAGUAGGUCAGUUGAAUUCUAUAAAUGAGUGGUCUGAGGCAGUUAAAUGCUUAGGAAAGGCUCGGAAAAGUUGGUUGGCAGAUUUCCUACUGGUUUCACAGGAGGGCCUGCAACAAAGAGAUGGCCAGCGUCUAGGAGUUCUGAAAAAAAUUCAAGCCAAAUCUAAGCUAGUUAGAAUUGGUUCCAUCCCUUUGACUGAGCUGGGAAGACUAAAAGCUCUGAUAUUGAAUAUUGAAUCCGAUGGCAUAUGGGACGUGCUUAUAGAAGUUGUAGCAGCUUUGCAACAUGCAGAGGGAAGUAUCAAAAGACAGUGGCUCAUUGAUGCAGCUGAAAUUAGCUGUGUAUCAAGUUAUCCGUCCACGGCGUUGAAGUUUCUUGGAUUGCUUUCUGGUAGCUGGAGCAAAUAUAUGCCAUUUCUGAUUUUGGACCAACAAACUGUGUUGAGUGAUUUACCAGUCACCCUUUCUUCGCUUCUCUCAAACUCUAGUUGGGGAGGAGUCGUGGAAUCUGUCGUUUCCUCUCUUUUUGCAUCAUUGGAGCGCAUUUACAAUUGGACCACACACGAGGCACAGGUUAAGGAUAUGCCGCCCGGCACGCAAACUAUCGAUGAAAGCGAGAAUCCCAUGGCUGGUUUCCUAUUGCGCGUGAUGCAUUCUACCUGUGUAACCUUGAAGGAUUACUUGUCUCUUGAGAAGCAGCUUAAGCUUGCCAGUAUGGACAUAUAGUGUUUACUUCACCUUACCGACUGUAAAUAGUGUUACAUUUGUUGGAAGCUCUGAACCCAAACCUUUCCUGCUCGGCUGCUCUUCUAUUCUAUAUUGGAUGUAUUACUAGACAUGGGAGCUACUAACCCCAUGAUUUACUAAUCUUAGUUGGGAUAACCAACUAUGGACUGAUUGUCGAAUAUGUUUUAUGUUAGUCCUUAGUAGUAUAUAUUUCUGAUUUCCU